AUGACCCCCAGACUACGCGGUUACGUCGAUGUUCUCGUCGUCGGCGGCGGAAAUGCCGGAUUCUGCGCUGCAAUCUCUGCCGCCGAGUCGGGUGCUAAGCGCGUGGUGAUCAUUGACAGCUGUCCAGAGGACUGGGUGGGCGGAAACAGCUAUUUCACCGCUGGUGCAUUCCGUAUAGCCCACGAUGGAUUGACCGACCUCCUUCCUAUCGUCAACAAUGUUGACCAAGCAACCGCCAAAAAGAUUGAUAUGGCCCCGUACACUGCUACUCAUUUCAUGAAUGACAUCCAACGUGUUACCUCCGGCCGGACUGAUCCUAAGUUGUCGCAAACCUUGGUUCGGGAGUCAAAUGCAGCAAUCAAGUGGCUUGCUCGACACGGUAUACGAUUUCAGCUCUCGUUCAACAGACAGGCGUAUGAGGUGAAUGGACGGAUUCAGUUUUGGGGAGGACUGGCUUUGAAGACCGACAACGGCGGCAAGGGCCUCAUUGAAGAUCACCGCAAAGCCGCUCAACGGUUGGGCAUUGAGGUCUACUUCUCUCAUACUGCGAGUGCCCUCGACGCCGACCCCGUCACCAACGCUGUGCGCGGUGUCGAGAUCAUUUUGCCAAACGGCGAGAAAGAGCGCUUUAAGACCGGUGCAGUAAUUCUUGCGGCAGGUGGCUUCGAGGCCAACCCGAGAAUGCGCGCCCAGUACCUCGGUCCGAACUGGGAUGUUGCUAAGGUGCGAGGAACGCCAUACAACCAGGGUGGAUGUUUGGAACUUGCCAUGCGUGAUGUCUCGGCGAAGCAAGCGGGCAAUUGGUCAGGUUGCCAUUCUGUAGCCUGGGAUGCUAAUGCUCCUGCUCAUGAAGGCGAUCGAGCUAUUUCCAACGAAUUCACCAAAUCAGGAUACCCUAUGGGUAUUAUGGUGAACCGAAACGGCGAGCGAUUUGUUGAUGAGGGAGUUGACAUGCGAAACUAUACAUAUGCGAUCUUCGGCAAAGCCAUUCUUGCUCAACCUGGCAGUUUCGCUUUCCAGAUCUGGGACUCUCAGACUAUUCCCUGGUUGCGUGCCGAAGAGUACCGGGACGGAAUUGUGGAGAAAAUCACCGCCUCGACACUCUCUGAGCUGGCAGAUAAGUGUGCCGAACGAGGCCUUGCCAGCCGUGACAGGUUGCUGAACACAAUUGAAGAAUUCAACGAUGCAGUGGAACAGCACCGAAAGGAGAACCCUGGGGUUACUUGGAACCCUGCUGUCAAGGACGGAUUAUCCACGCAAUCUCGAACUUCGCGUCUCCCUCUUGCGAAGUCUAACUGGGCAACGACCAUCAGCAAGGGGCCUUUCCUCGCCGUCAGAGUCACCUGUGGCGUGACAUUCACCUUUGGUGGCUUGGCUGUUGACCCAGAGACUGCAGCAGUGGUCUCAACAACAAACAAGACUGUCCCUAAUCUGUACUGUGUGGGUGAAAUGCUAGGUGGCAUAUUCUAUGAUAACUAUCCUGGAGGCAGUGGUCUUACCUCUGGAGCAGUCUUUGGCCGCAGAGCAGGCAAGGCAGCCGCUGCGAAGGCUGCUUCAUCAUUGGCGGUUGCUCGGCUGUGA